AGUUACCCAUGCGACUCGGAGGCGUACCGGCUUCGCACAGGAGAAACAUCGCACUAUGGCCUCUCUCUGAGCCGCAUCACACGAUACUUGUGUAUAUACCUAACCGGCAAUCCAUCACCAUCGACGCCUUGAUCAUGGACCUGCGGUCCAGAGGCUUUUCUUGGGGCCAUCGGAGUUGUCAAUAGUAUUCCCGAAGGACUAUAUUAUUUGAUUUUGAGCACUGUCACUUUUACACGCCUGGGGGUUUAAACCGAAGUGACAGUUUAGCACUCUCCCCCAUCUGCCGGUUAGCUAACUAGCUCGCUAAGUCAUUAGCCAAGAAGGGCAUCAUUUUUCUGUUGGAGUUAAAGGACAAGGAAACUGCAACACCACCGCUUUGAUUAACAGAAGACUGAGCCGAGGCUGAUUCCCCGAGUUCCUACCUUGCAACAAAGUAACUGUUAUAAUUCCUGGAAGGCUGGCACCACAUCGCCACCCUAAUGCAGUACCAUAAAAGAACGUGAAAUGAACAAACCACCACAGCCUAUAGCGGGACCCACUUCUGUCCCCAAUCCUGCCCCUUCCCCUGGAUUGACACAGGCUGCCUACGGCCCUGGACAGCCACCUUCUCUUGUUUUUGCAACCCCUCCACCUCCACAAAUGAACUCUGCACCACAGCCAAGACAGUUUGCUACUGGGCCCCGUACUUUACAUCAACAGGGUGGAUACAGAGCAUUACAGAGCUACUAUCAGAACCGACCCGCCAUGGCCACCAGUGCUCCAAGGGUACCGGGAAAUAGUGGCCCUCGAGCUGUUGCACCAGCUCAUGUCUACCCACCCGGCUCACAAAUGAUGAUGAUAUCCCAACCUUUUGCUGGCUCUCCUCAAGGCUUCUUCAUUCCCUCUGGACAGUACCGAGCUCCAUACAUGCCUCCUACCCAGCAGUAUCCCGUGACCAGCGGCACAGCAAACUUCUAUACCGGAACUAGCCCUGCUGAAUACCCUCCUUAUGAGCCCUCUCUUGCCGCGAGGGAGAGGCGGGGUGGCGGGGGGAGAGGGGGCGGGCGAGAGAACGGCCGUCUCUCUCUCCACGGUGCGCCUCUCGCCUCCCAGCGCUACCCCGCUGGAGCAUACUAUCCAACUCCGCCUCAGUAUCCCCCAUCUGUCCAGCCUUCAGCGGUCAUGCUGUCCACCCAGCAACAGCUACAAGUCCCGCCUCCUCAGCAAGCCCCUGCACAGUCACAAGGCCUAAUGAAGAGAGAACGCAGACCGGUAAUAACAAUACGAGACCCCAACCAGGGUGGACGCGAUAUCACGCACGAGAUCCUGUCGGGUGUAAUGUCCUCCACCACACCAACACCACAGGCACCGGAUGCAAGUCCUGCACAGGUCAAUGGGGAAAUUUCCCAGCCUGUGAUUGCACAGACGAGAAGAGAUGAUAACACAGAGCGUCCUACUAGUUCUGAAACCCCUCCUUCUCUUGCUGCGGCAAAUGCUGAGCCUGUGUUGGAGAGCAAACAGGAAGUGGACAGCCAAAUAGUGCUGCCUACUGAGUUAGCUGCACAAUCUGUAGCCCCCGUAGCUACUACUGAGGUGCCAUCCACACUGAUAAAGGACCAGCAGUCUCCUCCUUCCCUUCCUCCAGGAGCAACGUUGACCACUACUCCUGCUGAGGCAGUAAAUAAAGUUGGCACUACCGUUUCUGAUACAGUAGAUGCUCCUCUUGCAACCUCACAGUCUUCAGAAGCACCAGAAGCCCCUGUGAAAAUAGAGGAACUACCGGCUGCUCCAGCUCAAGCUGAGAAGGCUCCAGAAAAGGAAGAAGCAAAAACAGAGGAAGUGAAGAAACUGGAAAAAGAAGAGCAGGUGGCCACCACGAAGUUGGAGCCUGCAGCUGAGGCUGCAGCAACAGGUUCUUCCAAUCUUGAAGAAGAAAGAAAGAAUAAAGAAGAAAUGGCUACAAAAACGGCAACUGAAGUCUCCCAGCCUCCCCCACCUGCACGGGAGCCUGCUGGUACACAGACCCAGAACGCCGUUCUGUGCUCUACCCCCGAACCUGAAUCCACACAAGUUGAGGCAGCAGAGCCUGUUCUCCCCAACGGCCUUCCUCAGGAGACCGAAGAACUGCCCAAGGAUAAUGCAAUUUCAGACACUACGCCCCACAAACAGCCAGACGCUUCUCAAUCUCAGGAAUCCACACCUAUGGCUAAAACGGCAACAGCAGCCCAGGAGGUGAAAGAGGAGGCUGAAGAGAAGGAGGAGGAGGAAGAGUGCAAGAAGAAAAGUGAGGAUACCCCUCCUGCCUCUGUUAGCUGCCCAGAAGAAUCUACUAUGCAAGCUGCUACGCAUGUGCAAAGGAAGAAAAAGAACAUGAAAGAGUUUAACAAGAAGGAGGCCAUUGGUAAUCUCCUGGAUGCCUUCACAGAGGAACAGGGUGCCAAGCCUGCCUCUGAACCCAUGCCCACUCAGGCCAACCCUCCAGCACCAGCUGAACUUCCUGUCGAAGUGGCAGAUGAGACCUGGGAGCAAAAAGAGGACAAGCAGAAUGCAGAACCUGACAAGUCUAAAGGCACACCUGAGCCAACUGAGCAGAAAUACCAGUACAAACAAGAAGAAUGGAAGCCGAUAAACCCGGAGGACAAGAAGCGGUACGACAGGGAGUUCCUCCUGCGCUGCCAGUUCAUCAGCGCCAGUAUGCACAAGCCUGAGGGCCUGCCUAUCAUCAGUGAUGUGGUGCUGGAUAAGGUGAACAAGACUCCACUACGACCUGCUGACCCAUCUCGCCUGAUGAACACUGGUCCUGAUUUUACUCCCUCAUAUUUAGGGAACCUUGGGAGCAGAUCAGUGGGAGGACCUCGUGGCCCGCCAUCUGGGCCCCGUCGCUCUCAAACCAAAAAAAUUAUCACCAGCAUGUCGCUAAAUGAUGACGUGCAGCUCAGCAAGGCUGAGAAGGCCUGGAAGCCCUCUGUGAAAAAGGCCACUCGUACCCGUGUUGAUGAGCCUGAAGAGGAAGACCCAGAACAGGCCAAGACUCAAGAGCUGUUCAAGCGUCUGCGGAGCAUCCUCAACAAGCUGACGCCACAGAAGUUUCAGGAGCUGAUGAAACAAGUGACAGAGCUGACGAUAGACACUGAGGAGAGGCUGAAGGGAGCCAUCGACCUCAUCUUUGAGAAGGCCAUCUCAGAGCCCAACUUCUCUGUGGCCUACGCCAACAUGUGCCGCUGCCUUAUGGGGCUGAAAGUCCCCACUUCAGACAAGCCAGGAGUUUUUGUGAACUUCCGCAAACUGCUGCUCAACCGCUGCCAGAAAGAGUUUGAGAAGGACCAGGAUGAUGAUGAGAUCUUUGAGAAAAAGCAAAAGGAAUUGGAGGCUGCCAAAGACGGUGAGGAGCGUGAGCGCUUCAGGGUAGAGCUGGAGGAGGCCAGAGAUAAAGCUCGACGCCGCUCACUGGGCAACAUAAAGUUCAUUGGUGAACUGUUUAAGCUUAAGAUGCUGACAGAGCCAAUCAUGCACGACUGUGUCGUGAAACUACUUAAGAAUCACGAUGAGGAGUCUCUCGAGUGUCUCUGCAGACUGCUGUCCACUAUUGGUAAAGACCUGGACUUUGAGAAGGCAAAGCCUCGCAUGGAUCAGUAUUUUAAUCAGAUGGACAAGAUUAUUAAAGAGAGAAAGACUUCAUCAAGAAUCCGCUUCAUGCUGCAAGAUGUUUUGGACCUCAGAAGGAAUAACUGGGUGCCUCGUAGAGGAGACCAGGGUCCUAAGACAAUUGAUCAGAUUCACAAGGAAGCAGAGAUGGAGGAGCACAGGGAACAGAUGAAAGUCCAGCAGCAGCUCCUGUCCAAGAAGGAAAGCAGAGACAGGUUCACGGGAAACAUGGGCAGCCGAGGCCCUCACACACCAGGAGGUGGCCGGACCAGCCAGCCUCAGGAUGAGGGGUGGAACACAGUCCCCAUCUCCAAGAACAGACCCAUCGACACCACCCGCCUAAGCAAGAUCACAAAGCCUGGUGCUAUGGAUUUCAACAACCAGCUGUUGGCUCCGGGUGGCAAAGGCAUGUGGGGCAGCUGGGGAAAAGGCAGCAGCGGAGGAACUGGAGCUAAACCAGCGAGUGGAGACCAGGACUCUGGGCGUCCAGGUACCAGCACUCUCAACCGCUUCUCUGCCCUACAGUCUGGGUCAUUGAUGUCUUCAACAGACUCUGAUCGCAGAGUUCCUCAAAGGUCGAGUUCGAGCCGCGAACGUGGGAGCAACAGGGACAGGAGCGACCGCAACAGGGAUCGAUUUGACAGAUUUGAUCGCAGCGAAGGACGGGAAGUGAACCAAGUCACCAAGAGAAGCUUCAGCAGAGAGUCGCAAGAGCGCGGCGGGAGGGGAGGAGAUGGCAGAUCUUCGACUGAAUCUGUGCGCCGCGUCGCCAGCAUGACAGACAGUCGGGACAGAGGAAGCAGGGAUCGGGGAAGCAGAGACCGAGGAAGCAGAGAUAGAGGAAGUCGGGACAAGGGUAGUGACUUCGUCCCAGUUAAGCGUGAGAGCGCUCCCACUCCUCCUCCAUCUCUCCCUAAACCUGCUAUGACUGAAGAGGAAGUGGAGAAGAAGUCGCAUGCCAUCAUUGAAGAAUACCUCCACAUCAAUGAUGUCAAGGAGGCAUUGCAGUGUGUGGUGGAGCUCAAUAGCACAUCACUGCUGUACGUGUUCGUGCGGAACGGCUUGGAGUCGACGCUUGAACGAAGCACCAUCGCUCGGGAACACAUGGGCCUGUUGCUGCACCAGCUUGUAAAGGCAGGGACUUUGCCCACGCAGCAGUACUACAAAGGGCUACUAGAGAUUCUGGAGGUAGCAGAAGACAUGGCCAUAGAUAUACCUCACAUCUGGCUCUACCUGGCUGAGCUUAUUACUCCUAUGCUCCACGAGGGAGGCAUCCCUAUGGGACAGCUGUUCAGGGAGAUCUCAAAGCCUCUUGUGCCUCUGGGGAAGGCCAGCGUGCUGCUGGUACAGAUCCUCAAGUUGCUUUGUAAAGAAAAGACCCCCAAGAAGGUCGGAGCUUUGUGGACAGAGGCUGGGCUAAAUUGGAACGACUUCUUGCCCAAAGAUGAAGACGUCAACAAGUUUGUCACCGAUCAGAAAGUGGAGUUCACCGUGGGAGAGGAGAUGGAGCCCAAAGAGGCCAGUAAGAAGAAGGUCCUCAGCGGAGAGGAGAUCAGCAAACAGCUGGACAGACUCCUCCAGGACAAGGCCAACAAUCAACGCAUCAGAGACUGGAUCGAGGCUAACUUGGACGAGCAGCAGACUGCUUCGAACCAGUUUGUACGAGCAUUGAUGACAUCAGUGUGCCAGUCUGCUAUCAUAUGUGACAACCCGUACAAGGUGGAUGCACAGCAGAUCGGCCAGAGAGCCUCUCUGCUGCAGAGAUACCUGUACGACGAGCAGAAAGAGCUGCAGGCCCUGUACGCCCUCCAGGCUCUGAUGGUGCACAUGGAGCAGCCUGCUCACCUGCUGCGGAUGUUCUUCGACGCCUUGUAUGAUGAGGACGUCAUUAAAGAGGAGGCCUUCUACGAAUGGGAAUCCAGCAAAGACCCGGCAGAGCAGACAGGCAAAGGCGUGGCCUUGAAGUCGGUCACUGGCUUCUUCACCUGGCUCCGCGAGGCCGAAGAGGAAUCUGACAAGGACUAAAAUACUGAACUAAAAGCUGCCGCCAGAGCUCUGCAGGCGACCACGGAGAGUCAUGGACAGUAUUGCCAGAGAGGCAGACUCGAAUCAAUCCUCAAUGAGGAUAAAUCUUUAUUGUGUUCCUUUUUUUUUUCUUCUUUUUUUGGAGGGAUGGACUCUGAAAAACAAUCAUUUCUUUUCUACCUUCCCUCUCCUGCUUCCUCAUUAUUUCUCCACCUGCUUGUCACAGCAAGUGUCCUCAUCAAAGCAAACUUGAAAAUGCAGGUUUCAGCAGGAUUACUCAUUAGCGAAGUGUGAAGUAUCCCACAUCACUACGAAACUUUCUAUGUCAAAGUAAAGCAAACCAAUGGGCUGCUCUUUCACCCCUCUAGACGAUUCUAAUGACAAACAACCUUUCUGAUCUACAAGAGGAAACAGCAGGGCGUGAAGUGUAGUGGGUGGGUGGGUGGGUUGGUGGAGGGGGGUUUAUCAACAUGCCAUAACAUUUGUUCAGUCCCGACACGGCUCUUAUGUCCUUGUCCUUUUCCGGAGUGUGCAGCAUGACUGAAGUGUGUUCCUAUUAACGAUCCAGUGGACAAAACGUUACAGUGUACAUGAACUAAUCUUAAUUUGACGGAGUUUUUAAAGCAAAGGUUGUCUAUUUUCUCUCGUUUCCUAUCAUGAUAAACUAGCAGAGGACAGAAACACAGAGGGCUGAUGUUGACCUUUGACCUUGACUACUAGGGGGUGGUCUUAAUGCUUCCUCUUUAAAGCCAUUCUCUCCCAUCCCCCAGUAGUGAACCACACUGACUGACUCUUCAUCUUUUACCUCUUCUGUACUUAAACCUGAGCUGUUGUAGAGGACACUUAACGACCCAAUCACCGUUAAAACUUGAAAUCUACAGAAAAUUGACUUGAUAAAAUAUAUAAAGUUUAAAAAAAAAAAAAAAAAAAAAGACAGAAAUGAUCCGAAAGCCUUUUCUACUUUAAGUGGAAACUAGUUUCAGGAUUUCAGGAGCGUUCUGUAAAUAUAUAAUAAUAAUAAUAAUAAUGAUGAUGAUAAUAAACUUUUUCAGUUUUAUUUUUCAGAAACAAAUUGCUGAUGUAAUUGCAGUGUCUCCUUAUCCAGCAGAAACCGCAGUUGUCCGGAUGCAGAGAGGUGCUUUAGAUAAUCCAUUGAUUAUUAGUUUUAUUUGAAUUUUGUAAAUAUUUUCUUUCCUUUUUUUUUUCUUUUUUUUCCGCUUUCGUUAUUUAAAAAAAAAUUAUUGCUUCUUUUGCAUCGGAAACUGGAAAGGUAAUGGAACAUUGCAAAUAAAGGACUUAUUAAGUUGCUGA